AUGACUCCCAACUUGAAAAGAAAAGCACCUGAAGAGGAAGACAAGCCUCUUAAGAGAGCCAACUCUACUGUUCAAGACCAUGGUUCUGAUGAAGAAGAUUCUGAUGACGGUCUUCAAGAUAUUGUCGAUGUCGAUUUCGACUUUUAUAACCCUGAUGAUAUUGAUUAUCAUGCACUCAAGAAACUGCUAACACAACUCUUUUCUUCUGAUGCCGAGUUACUUAACUUGGGUGACUUUGCUGAUAUUAUGAUUGAAGAGAAUCAAGUCGGUACUACUGUGAAAGUGGAUGAUCAAAAGUCUGAUCCUUAUGCUAUCUUGAGCAUGAUCAACAUGACCCAACAAAAGGACAAAGAAGGCAUUCGACAACUAUGCACCUACCUUAUCAACAAGUGUCCUAAAAAGAAUGAAUCCCUUUCAAAAGCUGUCAAGGACAUUUUGUCUCUUGAGUCAGGAGAUAAGCAUGUAGGUUGGGUUGUUUCUGAACGAUUUAUCAACAUGCCUGUUGAAAUCAUGGCUCCCAUGUACACUAUGCUUCAAGAAGAACUAAAGAAGGCUGUUGAAGAGAAAGAACCUUAUGUGUUCGAGUGGUACAUGUUCAUUAGCAAGACAUACAAAGAAGUAGUCUCAACAGUAGAUGAAGAUGAAGAACCUCAACAAAAGAAAGCCAAAUCCAGUAUGGAUUCAGAAACCUUUUAUUUCCAAUCUGAAGAUGAGAUCAUUGCCAAAUACGCUGAGCACCAGUUUGAUUUCAAGUUUACAAACAGUGACAAAGAACAAGCUGCUGAUUCAAGACGUGCCUUUUCUGACUUUGGUAUUGCUCCUUCUCGUAAACUGUUUCUUGUACACAAGUCUAAAUACGAUGAUCUUGUGAAUGAGAUCAUCAAGACAUGUUCAUCUACACCUUCUGCUUAA